AUGGAUUCCCUGUCACUUUCUGGUGUUUGCAGGCACCAUUUUCCAGUGAAGAAUGGUGGGUUUUUCUUGGGGAACAAGGCUGGUUUUACUAGGAGACGGGUAGCGAUUGCCGGAGUAGCGAGUCCGUUGCGACGGCCGGAGAUUGUUCCGUCGUUGGAGGAGGAAACAUUCGGUCGCCGGGAUCGGAACCACCACACUGCAUGGACGAGUGUCAGGCAAGAACGGUGGGAAGGAGAGCUAGUUGUGCAAGGAGAAAUACCUUUGUGGCUGAAAGGGACGUACCUGCGAAAUGGCCCAGGCCUAUGGCAUAUAGAAGAUUACAACUUCCGUCACCUCUUUGACGGCUACGCAACACUAGUCAAACUCCACUUCGAGAACGGCCAGUUGAUCGCCGGUCACCGACAAAUCGAGUCCGAAGCCUACAAGGCUGCAAGGAAAAACAAGAGGAUUUGUUUCAGAGAAUUCUCGGAAGUUCCCAAGUACAAGAACUUCAUGGCCUACGUUGGGGACAUCGCGAAGCUCUUCUCCGGUGCUUCGCUAACCGAUAACGCCAACACCGGUGUAGUCAAGCUCGGAGACGGCCGAGUCGUUUGCCUUACGGAAACUCAAAAAGGGUCGCUAGUUAUCGACCCCGACAGCUUGGAAACACUGGGGAGGUUCGAGUAUAGUGAUGGCUUAGGGGGAUUGAUACACUCGGCUCAUCCGAUAGUGACCGAUACCGAGUUCUUGACCUUGUUGCCUGAUUUAGUGAACCCUGGCUACUUGGUGGUGAGAAUGGAACCAGGGACCAAUGAAAGGAAGUUGAUUGGAAGGGUUAACUGUCGGACUGGACCGGCUCCCGGUUGGGUCCAUUCAUUUCCGGUGACCGAACAUUAUGUUGUCGUGCCCGAGAUGCCAUUGAGAUACUGUGCACAGAACUUACUCAGAGCUGAACCAACCCCAUUGUACAAAUUCGAGUGGCAUCCUGAGUCUAAAGCUUUUCUCCAUGUUAUGUGCAAAGCUAGUGGAAAAAUUGUGGCGAGUGUGGAGGUGCCAUUAUUCAUUACGUUUCAUUUUAUCAAUGCGUACGAAGAGGAAGAUGAAGAUGGUCGGGUGACUGCCAUUAUCGCCGAUUGUUGCGAACACAACGCUGAUACCACCAUUCUCGAUCGGCUUAGGCUUCAAAAUCUACGGUCCUUCAAUGGAGAGGACGACAUAUUACCAGAUGCAAGGGUGGGAAGAUUCACAAUUCCAUUGGAUGGGAGUCCCUAUGGGAAGUUGGAAUCAGCAUUGGAGCCUAAUGAACAUGGCAAAGGCAUGGAUAUGUGCAGCAUCAACCCUGCAAAUUUGGGUAAAAAAUACAGAUAUGCUUAUGCUUGUGGGGCCAAACGCCCAUGCCAUUUCCCUAAUACCCUCACCAAGCUUGAUUUAGUAAAGAAGGUGGCAAAGAAUUGGCAUGAUGAGGGAGCUGUGCCGUCAGAGCCAUUCUUCGUGGCUCGGCCAGGUGCAACGGAGGAAGACGACGGUGUUGUAAUCUCCUUGAUUAGUGAGAGAAAUGGAAGCGGGUACGCUUUAUUGUUGGAUGGAUCAACAUUUGAAGAAAUUGCAAGAGCAAAGCUGCCUUAUGGUCUACCAUAUGGACUACAUGGAUGUUGGGUACCCAAAGAGUAAAAAUCAAACUCAACCUUCUUCACAACCAGAACCAUCUCAUGCUUCAUAAAUACAGAUGCAUUUUACAUAU